AUGGCAAGCCGCAGACCUGUUCCCUUCAAAGACGAAGAAGAAAACCCAGUCCCAAGGCGAAAAGCAGAAGCUAACCUAGAAGGACAAACAUCUCCAGACGCAAAAUACAAGACUGAGCCAAUUCAGCCAAUUACAAUUUCAUCAUCCAAUAGGUCUAAAGAAUAUGGUCGUUGGGGUUUAUAUUCCAUCAAAACAGAGCUUGCCCUGCAUGAUAUCAGGACUUCCUUAUAUUGACAAUCACUAUUAGAGCUUGGUUUGAUGAUUUUAGGGCUUCUAAUGCUGCUAAUCCAAGGAAAACUGAUGAUUUUGCUGCAUUUUAUGCAUUUUGUGCGACCUUUAUUGGCUUAUAAGCUCAUUCUUUCUAUCCCUCAAUCACAUAAAGUGUAUGAGCAGCUGCCUGAUGACUUAAGGCAAGUGACUCAUGAAGUACAGGUAAAACUAUUUGAGGAAUUCAAGCAGAGCACAAGACCGGCUACUUUUUAUCUAAUUGCGUCUGCUGUGGCUGCAAUUUUUGAUUUUCUGUCUCUUUUUAUCAAUUUAGGAAUGCUUGGAGGUGACGACUACUCAACCAAUUUCUUUUUUGCCGUCGCCUUCUUAUUUAUAUGCACAGAUUUCUUUUUGGUGGUAUGGUACUUUACAUUGCAGUUUACAUAUCCUGACGAUGUAUGGAGGAACUUAAUGACAAUUGCAAAAGGAACAAUCGAUGAGGCAAAGUUUUAUUUGGAUGGAGUGUUUAAGAAGGCAGUCGAAGCUUAA